UUGUCGCCAGCUGAUGCAAAUCACCUCCAGAUUCAACAAACAAGAUGACCGAUAAUUCUUUUCGUGCGUUUUCAAAUGAUAAUGGAUAUAAAGGUAUGGUGGUAGGGUAAUGUAGCUAACCUGUAGCUGGCAAGGACAGAGCACGCUGCCUCGUGCCUGCACACGAAAAGACAAGUUGUUAGUUUAGUAUGCCUGUCAAAAGGAAUGUGAAUUACGUGAAUUGUACACGGUUCCCAUCUUUUUGAGGCUUGCUAUCAGUGUUUCACGCUAUGCAAGCUAAUAAUUUUUGCCCAAAUCUUUUCAUACGACUUGUGUUAGUGUAAUUUUGAGUUCCUGCUUCAAGUUUACUUACAGGAAUUCUGACUAGGUAUCUCUCACAGUGCAUAAAUGUGCUUUUUUUGACGUAGUUGAGAUGUCUUGUGACCUGCCAUGUUUGAUACUGAACACUGGUGCUCGGAUGCCCAUCCUGGGACUGGGAACAUACAACGUGAAGGGCUCAGAGAAGAUGCACCUUAUUAUAGACGCUGCCCUCGAGACAGGAUACCGUGCCUUUGAUACCGCUGCAGUCUAUGGCAACGAAGCGGACCUCGCCAAUGCUCUCCUGAACCUCAUGCCCAAGUACGGCUUGACCAGAGAAGAUCUUUUUCUCAUUAGCAAACUGUCCCCGGCUGAUGCGGGGCCCAGGGCCAGAGAGGGUUGUGCCCGAAGCCUGGAGAUGUUAGGUAUUGGGGGAUACAUCGAUCUGUAUCUGAUCCACUGGCCAGGAACGGAGGGACUUGAGUCAGAUGAUGUGAAGAACUCCCAAAAUCGAGCCCAGAGCUGGGCUGUUCUUGAAGAGCUUCAUGGGCAUGGGGCGAUCAGAUCUAUUGGCGUGUCUAACUACACCGUACGACACCUGGAAGAGCUGUUGCAGUCGUGCACGGUGCCUCCUGCCCUGCUUCAGGCGGAAUUUCACCCAAAACUAGCACAGAUGGAGCUCAGGACCUUUUGCAUGGAAAAAGACAUCGUCUUCCAGGCAUACUCAUCCCUGGGGAAAGGAGGCCUGUUGUCGAACCCGGAGAUAGUGGCGGUAGCAGACGAACACGGCCGAACUUCCGCGCAGGUGCUACUUAGGUGGGCGAUUCAGCAGGGCGUGGCAGUUUUGCCCAGGUCCUUGCGACCAGAAAAGGUGAGAGAGAAUGGAAAGGUUUUCGACUUUGUCUUGGAGCAAAGGGGGAUGCAAAGACUGUUGGACAUGGACAGUGGGGUACGGUUCUGCAAGAGAGAUCCAACUCGGGUUGUUUGAACCUUAACAGCGCCCUUGGUCAUGGCCUAUAUUGUUCAAUUAAGUUACUUAAAAUUUACCGGCAAAUGGUAAUGUCAAGUUUCAUGAAAGGUUCUUAGCAUUUUACAAAA